AUGGCCACUACAACUGGAACGGUAACAGAGACCAUUCCUCCGGUAUGGGGCGAGAAGGCGGACCUGGCAGAGGAGUUGGUUGAGAAUGCUCUCAAAGUCAACACCAAGCCCCUCUGGACACAGAUGGCACGAUUGAACCCUCCAGAGCCAAACCCAAAGUGUGUCCCGUUCAUUUGGCGAUACGACGAGGUCAGACCGAGCCUCCUCCGGGCCGGAGAAAUAGUCACGGAGCAGCAAGCCGAGAGGCGGGUGCUGAUGUUGGUCAAUCCCGCCAGAGAUGCACCCUUCACCACAGACACGCUCUACGCGGGUCUGCAGCUGGUGAUGCCCAAUGAAACCGCCCGCGCGCACCGACACACGGCCUUCGCCAUGCGCUUCAUCAUCGAGGGCCAGGGCGGCUUCACCGCGGUGCACGGCAAACGCAUCACCAUGCAGCGCGGCGACGUCAUCCUCACGCCGACCUGGAACUGGCAUGACCACGGCAAGGACGGGUCGGGCCCGAUGAUCUGGCUCGACGGCCUGGAUCUGCCAAACUUCGUCCAUUUCCCCGUGCACUUUGUCGAGCAUUUUAACCAGCCGCGGUAUCCCGCCGCGGACGUGGACUCGAACACGAGCCCGAUUGUGUUUCCUUGGAAGGCGAUGCAGAAGAAGCUCGAUGAGAAGAAGGGGGAUUGGGCCGAGGAGGACUAUUUGAAGGAGGAUGGAAGACCAGUCUCUAAAAUCCUCGGCGGUUCUGCCGAACGCUUAAAUGCCGGGUGCACAUCGCCCGCCGUGAGGGAGACGGCGUCGUCCGUCUACCAUGUCGUCCAGGGCGAGGGAUACAGCGAGAUCGACGGGCAGAAAUUCCACUGGAAGCAGGGCGACACGUUCUGCGUGCCCGCCUGGAACAAGUACCAGCACACCGCUGCCGAAGGGUCGGAACCUGUGUACCUGUACAGGUUCCACGACAAGCCCAUGUUGAAGUCGCUCGGGUUUUAUCGUGUGGAAGGUGUUGACGUUGAGAGUUUGGUGUCUGACUAG